AUGUCGGAAAUUGUAUUCGAACUUCAUGAAACUAUAGAAUGCUCACUGAAAAGGAGUGAACAAGUUUUAGAGCAAGCUUUGCUCUCCUAUGAACAGUUCGUGAAACAAUCAAGCAAUGAUAAAUUGCCUGAUUUGAUGGAUACAACAAAAUUAAAACACAAGAUGAAUUUAUUAGUGUUGGAGAGGUUGCAAGCUUUGCAACAAAUACACACAACAUUCUUUGAACCUCUUAUGAAAAUGACAGAGGCUGAGGAAGAACAAUCUCAAAUGCAUGAAAAUCUAUUGGAGAAUCAAUUUUCAUAUCUUCAUCAUGAUGAUAAUAUUUCAAGUGAGGAAAUGGAACUUAACGCAAUGAAAAAGAUUUAUAAUCUCUUGAAAACGAAAUUGUCAAAAACUAUUGACAUGAAACAACAGGAGGUAAUUAAGCAAGAUAUUCAAAAAGUAGAACGGGAAAUCAAAUCAUUGGAAUCAGAAUUAAUAAUUGGACCUAUUGAGGAAACCUCAAGGAUACUCUCUCAAAUUGUGGAAACACCAAUCAUUCACUCUAAACCACCAACCCCAAAAAACCAUUCCAGCAGUCCAAGAAGUCAAUUGAUUGUCUCAAUGCCAACAGUCCCAACUGUGGUUUUCACUCCACCACUAGAAAAGAAAACUGAAAACCCUCACUUCCCUCCUUCCCAUCCACUCCAAACAACACCUCAAGAAUCCACUGAGCACUCUGGCUACUGGUCUGGAAUUUCUUCCCUUUCUGCUCAAAAAAUAGAAGAGAAGAAGGAUACCUCUCCAAGUUCAGAUCUAAAUUCUCAAUUAUUCGAGUCAAUGAUUUUCGAUACUAAGGAUCAUUCUCCAACAUUUAACGAAACCAUUCACGAACAAUCUUCCAUCAUGUGUGAUGAUUCCCAAAUCAUUACCUCUGAUUCAGAUUCUGAGAAUGAAAUGUAUGAUCAUAUAUUUCUCACCUCUCAAUUCCUAACCAAAUGUAAAGUUGAUACACAUUAUAGAACUCCAGUCAGAGAAGAAUUACGUACACCAAUUAAGAAUCCAACCACAAGAAGGCUGUCAGAAAUCAACUCUAGACCAUCCCUUUUACAAUCUCCCAAAACACCUCAAAAAGGAGACACGCCAAACAAGACGAGUCCUCCAUCUAAGCAACUAGGCUCAUCCCUCUCAGAAAAAAGACCAAAACCAACAGCAUACAGAAGAAACAUGAACAAUAGAGAACCACCCCAGGUUCCAAAUCAUCUUGGGCUUAGUAAUUCAAUUCGAUUGGCUAUUCCUGCAAAAAAGACAAUUACCAAGUAA